UGGCACUGCAGCCCCAUCAUCGUAGAAGUUGAUGUCCACUCCAUUGGAAAGGACAGCAACUCUGUGGUUGUGUUUCAGGAGGAGGAGGAGGAGGCGCGGCUGGCCAGCAUGCCUGCCUGGCGGCGGGACAUCCUGCGGAAGAAGCUGGAAGAGGAGAGGGAGCAGAAGCGGAAAGAGGAGGAGCGACAGAAGCAGGAGGAGAUGCAGCGGGAAAAAGAGCAGUCGGAGAAGCUGCGGACUCUGGGCUACGAUGAGACCAAACUGGCGCCCUGGCAGCGACAGGUUAUCCUGAAGAAGGGGGACAUUGCUAAGUACUAGACGUCGCGGCCUCCUGCCCGCAGCCUCGCGAGCUGGGAGGGGCCCCUCAGCCCCCGCCCCGGCCUCCCACGCUGGGACCCCUUCCUGAGCCCCCACUCCGGCCCCCGCAUUCCCAGCCCCGGGCGACGCUGGGGCGC